GGGUGUUGGUCCAGGAUGUAACACCAGAGAGAUAGCUGAUAAGCUAAUUGAUCUCAAGGCCGAGCUAGAUGACCUGGCGCUCAGGGAAAACGAGCUGGAUCAGCAGAGAGUGUGGGUCCAACAAAGCAUCAAGAAUGUCACAGACGACUCCAACAACAGCCCUAUGGCAUAUGUGAAACAUGAAGACCUCUGUGGAGCUUUCAAAGGUGACACACUGCUAGCAAUCCGUGCCCCCAUUGGCACACAACUAGAGGUCCCCAUACCAGAAGCUGUCCUCAACGGACAAAGAAAAUACCAGAUCCGUCUCAAGAGUUCAUCUGGUCCCAUUGAGGUUUUGCUGGUCAAUAAGGACCCGUCCAGUGCCUCUCCUGUGGUUUUGCCCGUCCCUCCUCCAGAUGACAUCCUUCAAAACCUCCCAGCGCCGACACCUACCUCUCAGCCGCCCACUGCUGCCUCCCAGGUCCCCAAAGCAGCUCCAGCAACGCCUACAAAACCCGCUACUGCCACGGCAUCAGCCACAGCAGCCAACCAGACAGCCUCAGUGACAGAAGUGACGAGCACCACACCACUCACCCCAUCAACAGAUACGCCUGCUGCAGUUACCCAGCAACUACAGUCCUCUGCCUCGUUGGAUGGAUCUGCGUCCUCCUCUGUCUCUGCCGUAUUUGAACCAAUUAAGUCGGAUCCCUCUGAAUUGCUGGACUUUCCCAAAGAGCUCUCUGAAAUGUUUGAUCCAACAAAAGAGAUCAUGAGUGGAGACCUUUUGGAGGACUUGAUGUCAUCAGAAG